AUAUUAACAUGCUUGACGUGUUUUAUUAGAAUAGACCAAAAGUUCCCAAACCAUGGGUACAUUAAGGAUACCCACAGGGCCGAUCAUCUGGAGGGGUGCGGCAGAUGCUAUGCAUCGGAGCCCCACGAUCGAGGGGCCCCAACAAUAAUCAAGAACUGAAAUAAUGUUCUGAACGGUAAUAGCAGGAUGGAACGAAGAGAGGACGAGAUUUAACUGGAAAAAAUAAAUGGGUUUUGAAAUAUAAGAAGUUUACAGAUAUAUUACAGUUUAGUGCAAGUGUGCAACAUAUUACACAGUCCAGACAUAUUAAUGUGACCAUCGCCUACUUUUGACGUCAACGUUAAAUAAUCAAUCGCAGAAGACACAUAUUAUCUGUAAAUUAUUACACGUAUUAUCUGUGAACGAAGGCUGCGGAGAUGCGUUCGGGCGAAUAGACGUGCAACUAUUGAGCAACUAACUGACCACCCAGAUGAACCAAGGGACUACCAAGAGAGUCUCCACAAUGACAGUUCAGCAAACAUUGAUGCGUAUGGGCCUCCGCAGCAAACGCCUGGUUAAUGCACCUAUGUUGAUUGCUGUUCAUCGGCGAUGAAGGCUGGAAUUUGCACGCCAAUACCGCAACUGGAGACAGGUGGCUUUUUCCGAUGAAUCACGUAUUAUGCUCCAUCGGAGAGAUGAACGUUAGCGUAAACGGUUUGAAACGUCUGAAAGCAAACACCCUGCAACAAUUGCUGGAAGGGUCCAAGCUGGAGGAGGGUUCAUUAUUGUCCGGGAAAUGUUUUCGCUGUAUUCGCUGGGUGCACUCAUCAUUGUGAAAGGAACGAUGGAUCAACACAAGUAUGCAUCUAUCCUUGCGGACCGUGUUCACUCCCAUAUGUGAUUUGUUUUUCCUCAAGUUGAUGGCAUCUACCAGCAAGACAAUGUCAUAAAGCUCGCAUUGUACGUGCUUGGUUCGAAGAGCACCAGGAGGAGUUUACCGGACACCAUUGGCCAGCAAAUUCGCCGAAUUUGAACCCAGUCGAGAAUCUGUAGAACCAACUCGAUCGGGUUGUUCGUACCAUGGAUCUUCAACCGCGUAACCUAGUGAAGCUGGCCACGUCACUGGAGUUGGCAUGGCUCAAUAUCCUAGUGAACACCUUCAGGAACCUAAUUGACUCUUAUCCUGCACGUCUAGCAGCUGUCCGCUCUGCGAAAGGAGAAAAUGUGGAAAGCCCCGAGAUUUGUUGAAACCGACAACAUACUGACUUCCGCUCUUGAUGUACCUGAGUUACAUCGGGCAGCUAAGAAGUUUCUACCAACAAAAGACGAUAUCGUUCUUGUAACAUAUCCCAAGUGUGGAACUACCUUGGCAUCGCAGAUACUAUCUCUCAUUUUGAAGAAAGGGGAACCACCGACAACUAAGGAACAAUAUUUCUCAUCGAUAGCAUUUCUAGAGCGUGCAACAAUGACAGAAAUAUCACAAAUGGCCAAACCUCGUAUAAUCAAAACUCAUUUACCUUUACAUUGCUUGAAAUUUUCAAAAGAGGCAAAAUAUAUUUAUGUGGCAAGACAUCCAGCAGACUGUGUUGUGUCUUAUUACCAUCAUGUGCGUCUGUUUCAUACCUAUUUCUUCACGGAAGGUAGCUUUGAUGACUUUUUCGAGUUGUUCUUGAAAGGUACUAUAGGGUACAAUGACUAUUUUGAUCAUCUGUUGGAUGGAUACAACCGUAGAAAGGAACCGAACGUUCUUUUCCUGACGUACGAAUCCAUCAUACGUAACAAAAGGCUCGCUUGUUUGAAUAUUGCUCGUUUUCUAGGUGAAGAAUAUUACAGAUGUUUACUAGAUGAUGAUGAAGCCAUUUUGAAAAAAGUUUUGGAAUUCAGCAGUGUCGAAUUUAUGAGAGUCACAGUAAAUGAUUUCUGGGAAACGACAUUUUGUACAGUUCCAUCGGAAGAAGAACAAAAAUUAAAUCCAAUGAAAAAAAAUCUUGCAAAAUUACUCCAAGAAGCCGAGAAGUUGGGAGAAAAAUCGGUUGGAAAAUUUAUUCGGCAUGGUAACGUUGGGGAAGGUAAAAUAACUUUAUCAGCAGAUCAGAUGAAAAGGCUGCAAGACCGAAUACGUGAAAAAACUGCUACUUCUGAUGUUAUGAGCUUAUGGGAAAGUGAUUAAGUACUUCCAUUUCAGACCAUUCAAAAUAUCAAAAAUAUUAAUCCCUACGCAAAUGGAAAAUUCCUGUAUAAUUUUAUUAAAAAAAUGGCAAAUUCAAGAUGCAGGCAAACAGUUCUUUCACUUCAAUGUCAAACGAAUGUGUCA